CUCCGUUUGUGCACCAAACUCUCUUGCUUCUUCGGGCUUUCUUCUUCUUCUUCUUCUUCUUAUUCUUGAAGCCUUUCUCUCUCUCUAUCUCUCUAGAUUUGUGGGGCCUCGCUGCCAUUGCUGUGGUUAGAACCGAGCAUGGGGAGAUCAAUGCUGGGGUUGUUGUUGGGUGUCUGUGUGAUGUUGCCUUGUCUUGUUAGCGCAAGCUACUCAAAUAGAAGGGCCUUCUAUAUCCAAGGCACGGUGUAUUGCGACACUUGCCGUUUUGGCUUUGAGACCCCGGCUUCCCACCCCAUUGCAGGCGCGGCGGUGAGGAUUGAAUGCAAGGACAGCACCGGCACGUGGCUCGCCUACAGCGUCGACACAGUGACCGACUCGGACGGGAAAUGGGAGGCCACCGUUGAGGACGACCACGACGACCAGAACUGCAAUGCCGUCCUGCUGAGCAGCCCGGAAGCCGGGUGCCAGACAGUGGACCCAGGACGCGGCACAGCCACCCUGAUCCUCACCCGCAGCAACGGAGCCAUCGCCAGCAGGCACCACGCCAAUUCCAUGGGGUGCCUGAAGGACGAGCCGCUCGACGGGUGUGCCAACUUGCGUGCUUACUAUCAGCUCGAUUCCAACGAGUAGAUCGUGUCGACAACUUUUCUGUUUUGCUCCUAAGUUUGCAUGAAUAGGCAGGGAGGACGAUGGAAGAAGGAAGCAGAAUAAUCUUCUUGUUUGUUCUCUUUCUCAGUUUUAAGGUCAUCUCGCUGUAACCACAAUAAAUAGCACGAAUCUUAAAUUUGUUACUGUUUGGAAA